CAGAGUGGCUACAUCUCAGCUCAAAAAAUCUACUCUCUUGCUGUAACCUCCUGCAACUCACGAGAUCAGGAUGGCAUUUCAGCAAGAGGCCGUAGGAAUGCUGUGGGAGGAGCUCGGCCGCGGCUACAAUCUCAGCGCCAAGCUUCUGGCUUUGCUCAGCCAACCCAGCCACCUCCUCGAUAGCCAUGGCCAGGAGAUGGCUGUGGCCAUAAGCCAAGAGCUUUCUCAGGUGUUCAGGGCGUCUCUGUCGAUGCUCAACCCCGGCAACAGUGGCAGGGUGGUGGAAGGCAGGGCGACAGCGCUCGAGGCUGCGAUCAUGGAGGGUAGCAUCAGCCAGGCCACUCCGGCGAUCAUCAGUGGAGAAGAGAUUACUCCCCCAAGAAUAGGUAAAGAAGAGGAGAUUACAGCCGAGCCUUACAAGGAUGGUUACAAAUGGAAAAAAUAUGGGCAAAAGAACAUUAAGAACCGAAAGUUUGCAAGCGGUAUAUUUGUUAAUGACUUAACAGUCAAUAAGCUGUCAACCAACAAAAGGUUGUACUUCCGAUGCAUGCAUAGCCAUGAGCGCGGCUGCAGGGCGAAGAAGCAGGUGCAGCAACAUGAUAGCAGCAGCGACACUCCUCCAUUGUUCAAGGUCACCUACCUGAACGAGCACACGUGCCACCAAGUGUUUCCCAACGUGGACAUCACCAAUGCAAAUUUACCCGCGAGGAGCACUACGGCAAGGAAUGGCGCUGACUUUGAUCCUGCACGCCACCACCUCCACGUCGGCGGGAACGGCGAAUUAGAGGACAGAAUCAUGACCUCGACCUUCAGCACGGUCAUCGGCGGAGCUGCCCUUGCUGCUCCGUCGUUGUCGCCCUUGCCGUCGCCGCCUCCCGUGGAAGCGAGCCCGAGCGAUCCGGCGUCGUACGACACGGGUGGCGGACAGUCACCGAGCCUGCUGGACAUGAGCUUGUGCCUGGACGAGACGAUGAUGGACGAGAUGUAUUUCUCGUGCGGUUCGCCAUUUCCUCCGGUCGAGGCACCUGUAGCUCCAUCGUCGUUGUCGUCCUUGCCGCAGCAGCUACCCAUGGAAGCGAGCUCGAUUGAUCCGGCGGCGGCGUACAUGCCGUCCCGCGGUGGACACUCACUGAGCCUGGACGCGAUGAUGAUGGCGGAGAUUUUUCACUGGAGCAGCCCGCUAUUUUCUCCACGUUGAGGCAGCUGCAGCGGAGCCAAUCAGCCACGACGCCCAACGCUGUCGCCGGCCGGUUCAUGGACACAGCGUCAGCAUGGCCAGAGUACAAGCGAGCAGUGAGUGGUACAAGCAAAAUACUACAGUAAUUAGUGAUUGGUUACAUGGAAGCGACGUGCAUCUCGUGUGAGAGUUAGUGGUAAUAUGCAGUGAGUUCAGAUACAGAUCUUGUUCAGACGCACGGCUUAAACGGCGACUCAUAGUCUGUAGCUAGCUAGUACUAGCUGGCUAGCUAGGGUG